AUGUGCAUCGCCAAUGCUUCCGGCAGUUCCACUACCAUGAGGCCGACGGGCCCCGAGAGAAAACAUCAGAGAACCCACACAGGGGAGAAACCCUUUGAGUGCUCAGAGUGUGGAAAGAAAUUCAGUCAGAGAGGCCAUCUUCAGUAUCAUCAAAGAACCUACACAGGGGAGAAACCAUUUGAAUGCUCAGAGUGUGGAAAGAGAUUCAUUCGGAGUGACAGUCUUCAAUAUCAUCGUAGAACUCACACAGGGGAGAAACGAUUUGAAUGCUCAGAGUGUGGAAAGAGAUUCAGUCUGAGAGAAACUCUUAAACAGCAUGAGAGAACCCACACAAGAGUGAAACCUUUUGAGUGCUCAGAGUGUGGAAAAAGAUUCAGUCAUGGUGGCCAUCUUCAAUAUCAUAAGAGAACCCACACAGGGGAGAAACCUUUUGAAUGCUCCGAGUGCGGAAAGAGAUUCAGUCGGAGUGACAAUCUUCAAAGUCAUCAGAGAACCCACACAGGGGAGAAACCUUUUGAAUGCUCAGAGUGUGGAAAGAGAUUCAGUUGGAGUGGCAGUCUUCAAAAACAUCAGAGAACCCACACAGGGGAGAAACCUUUUGAAUGCUCAGAGUGUGGAAAGAGAUUCAGUCAGAGUGGCAGUCUUCAACUUCAUCAGAGAAACCACACAGGGGAGAAACCUUUUGAAUGCUCAGAGUGUGGAAAGAGGUUCCAUCAGAGUGGCCAUCUUCAACUUCAUCAGAGAACACACACAGGGGAGAAACCUUUUGAAUGCUCAGUGUGUGGAAAGAGAUUCAGUCAGAGAGAAACUCUUCAAAGGCAUCAGAGAACCCACACAAGAGAGAAAUAUUUUGAGUGCUCAGAGUGUGGAAAGAGAUUCAGUCAGAGUGGCCAUCUUCAAAGUCAUCAGAGAACCCACACAGGGGAGAAACCUUUUGAAUGCUCAGAGUGUGGAAAGAGAUUCAGUGAGAGUGGCCAUCUUCAACGUCAUCAGAGAACCCACACAGGGGAUAAACCUUUUGAAUGCUCAGAGUGUGGAAAGAGAUUCAGUCAGAGUGGCAAUCUUCAACUUCAUCAGAGAACCCACACAGGGGAGAAACCUUUUGAAUGCUCAGAGUGUGGAAAGAGAUUCAGUCAGAGUGGCUAUCUUCAACUUCAUCAGAGAACCCACACAGGGGAGAAAUCCUUUGAAUGCUCAGAGUGUGGAAAGAGAUUCAGUCAGAGUGGCCCUCUUCAACGUCAUCAGAGAACCCACACAGGGGAGAAACCUUUUGAAUGCUCAGAGUGUGGAAAGAGAUUCAGUGAGAGUGGCCCUCUUCAACGUCAUCAGAGAACCCACACAGGGGAGAAACCUUUUGAAUGCUCAGAGUGUGGAAAGAGAUUCAGUCAGAGUGGCAAUCUUCAACUUCAUCAGAGAACCCACACAGGGGAGAAACCCUUUGAAUGCUCAGAGUGUGGAAAGAGAUUCAGUCGGAGUGGCAAUCUUCAAUAUCAUUAUAGAACUCACACAGGAGAGAAACCUUUUGAAUGCUCAGAGUGUGGAAAGAGAUUCAGUGAGAAGAGGAGUCUUGAACAGCAUCAGAGAACACAUAGAGGGGGGAAUUGUUAG